GCAACAAAGCAGCCGUCGCCCUUCAAUUCACUGUCGCAACUUCUUUCACGACUCUACGUUGGAUUGAGAAAAGAAACUGCCACUGAAAGGGUGGGUAAUGGCCAAGGCAACAUGGCGUUCCAUAUGAAGCAACAAUUUCCUGGCCAGCUUACCAUUGUUAUCAAACUCGGAACCAGCUCCAUAGUCGACGAGAAGACACACCAGCCGCUCCUCUCCAUUCUCUCCGUCAUUGUCGAGACGGCCGUCAAGCUGCACCAGGAUGGCCACCGCGUCGUUAUUGUCUCGUCCGGCGCCAUUGGCGUCGGACUGCGCCGAAUGGAACUGGAGAAGCGCCCCAAGCACUUGCCAAAAGUACAGGCUCUGGCUGCCAUCGGCCAGUGCAGACUCAUGAGUCUGUGGGACCAGCUGUUUGGUCAUCUUCACCAUCCUAUUGCCCAGAUUCUGCUCACAAGGAACGACAUCGCCGACCGAACCCAGUACCAGAAUGCCCAGAAUACAUUCCUGGAACUGCUCAACAUGGGCGUUAUACCCAUCGUGAAUGAAAACGAUACCCUAGCCGUCACGGAGAUCAAGUUUGGCGACAACGAUACACUGAGCGCCAUCACUGCCGGCAUGGUGCAAGCAGACUAUCUGUUCCUCAUGACCGAUGUCGACUGCCUAUACGACAAGAACCCGCGGAGCAACCCGGACGCAAAACCUAUAGAAGUGGUCGAAGACAUUGCCGACCUGGAAGCGGAUGUGAGCAGUGCAGGCUCAUCACUGGGGACGGGAGGCAUGAGCACCAAAAUCGUAGCAGCACGCCUUGCUACAUCCGCUGGAGUCACCACCGUCAUCACAAAGUCGAACAAACCAGGCAAUAUUGUCGCCAUCAUCAGGCACGCAGAAGCACAGAAGCUCGCUCGUAUGUCGAGCCGGAACAGCGUGAGCAACUUCCAAGACGAAGCCCACAACGCCCAUAAUGGCAUCCCCUUGUCGCAAGUUAAAUCCAACUCCACCUCCGGCGGCGAAACCACCGCAUCACACGCUCCCAACGGCACCCACUCUCGCGCCACCUCCCCGACUCCUUCUCUCCUCGAAGCCCCCUCGCCGCCUCUCCACACUAGAUUCCUCCCCAUUCCGCACCCUAUCCGGGACCGCUACUUCUGGAUUCUUCACGGCCUGGCGCCGCACGGAACCAUCUACAUAGACCAUGGCGCAUGGCAAGCCUUGUCCGACAAAGCUGGACUACUCCCCGUGGGCAUCGUAGACGUGGACGGGCACUUUGCCCAGCAAGAAGCCGUCCGCCUCGUCGUCGUCAAACGGCUCUCCCCAACCUCCCCCAAACCCCAAACCUCGCCGACACCAAAACGUGAUAUCCCCCACGUUCCGCUUCAUGCAUUCAAUCCGCAUCCCGCAGCGCCGGUUCCGCACCCGGUCUCUCACUCCCACUCGACUUCCUCUUCGCAGAUCCUUCAGCCUACCAAUACCCCCCCGGCGUUCGAGCUGCACAAUCCCGCACCGUUUGAGAUCGGGCGCGCAGUAAUUAAUUACUCGGCCAGUGAAAUCAGGCGGAUCAUGGGUUUGCACAGUACGCAGAUUCACGAUGCGCUUGGAUAUGCGGAUUCCGAGUAUGUAGCGCUCAGAGAAAACAUUGCCUUCUUUGGCAUAGACCAGUCCCGGCCGGGCACGCCUACUUUGAGGCAUAGAAAGAAGAGCUUGGACGAUGGUGGGGUAGGGGUUGAGGCUGGGUCUCAUUGA